GGCGUCUCUUGGAUUUGAGCACUGCCUAGUCAAUCCUUCCAACCGAGCACACGGUGGGAGAGAGGCAGAGAGGCAGAGAGGGUCUUCAGUUAGUUACCUUCCCUUUUCUGAGCUGAUCAGUUUUCCCGUCUAAAAUUUUCUGAUUCUUGGGGGUUACGCCACUAUGACGAGGAGCAACUUCCUAUCCCUGUUUCUGAUUCCUCGGACUAUGAAAACAACAAGAUGUAAGGACAUGUAUUCUCGUGAUGUCCUGAUUGGCUGCUUCCUGGUCUUGGAAUUCAUGCACUCAGGAGUUUCGAAGGUAGCAGGUGGACAAUGCUUUCCUGGACUGUUCAUAUUCGGAGACUCCAUGGUAGAUGUUGGAAACGCCAUUGCAGCGUACCCUGACAGAUUUUCCAGGAUAGAACAACACCCGUAUGGAGUGGAAUGGCCUCAGCAUGGAGCGGAUCGGUUCUCGGACGGUAAACUGUUCGGGGACUUGUCAGCGUGGGCGAUAGGGCAUAGCCCAUCAAGUGCGUAUCUGAGAAGCGUUCAAACUUUGCUCUACUCCGGGGCCAAUUUCGCUGCAGCAGGAUCUACAGUCCUCGAUGAAUAUCCCCCACAUGCUCUGUCCGAUCCCAACUUUGUCUUGACCAGGACGCCCUUCACUCUGGAGACUCAGGUCCAGUGGUGGCAGCGAUUCAAAGUGCGGGUUUCGUUUUCUCUGACCUCAGGCCAAGGAACCACAACUCUGAUACCAAGCGCAGCGUUCAACAGGUCUCUGCACCUCGUCCUUAUGGGAGCAACUGACUACCUUUUGCAGUAUACCGCAUCUUACUCAGAGCAUAAAAUAUUGGCCUCGGUGCAUGUUAUUGUGAGCCGGAUUGCCGCUAAUUUGGAGACUCUCUACAAAGACGGAGCGCAAACCAUUCUUGUCAUAAAUCUGCCUCCUUUGGGAUGCACACCAGCCUUUCUAUCCAUGAUUCCUGGACAGAAAGGAUCUAGUGAUUACGAUUCAUUCGGAUGCCUCACAAAAGUCAAUACCGCCAUUUUACGCCACAAUCAAUUGUUAUAUCGUGCCGUUUCUAGAUUACAAAAGAAGUAUCCUGCUUCCAAAUUCGUGUACGCUGACUUCUACCAAGCCGCUUACGAGAUUGUAAAAGAUCCGCAUCACUAUGGACUGGACACGUCGACGUUAAUGACUGCAUGCUGUGGUGUGGGUGGAGCGUACAACUUCAAUCCAAAUGCUACUUGCGGGAGAACCUGGCUUGAUGGCAAGGGUGCUGCGCAUAAUGUUACGACUUGCCAGGAUCCAUCGAAGCAUCUAACUUGGGAUGGAUACCACUUCUCGCAGGCUGUGACUCGUAUUGCAGCGCUUUCGUUCUUUCAGGGAAAGCAUGUCUACCCCUCAAUGGGUCUGCUGCCUAACAAUUGCCAAGCCAACUUCACAAUGUUCUGGGCAUAUAAUGCCACGGCUUCGCCGCAUUGAUAGCAACGAAAUCGAUCGAGUACAGUUGAAUUUAUUCGAACUGCCUUCUCCCUCGCAGACUUGAGUGGUCCAGGCAUCAGCUUGGCAGCGGUAGCCCCGCCCAAUGAGGUUGAUUUUCUCUGAGCUAGCAUGUAUAAACAUCCGAGUGCCGAUCGGAGGAGGGUGCUUACCAAGUUUCAUAAAAACUAUGCAUGUAUGCACUGAUAUUAUAAACGCGAAGACCCUCAAGGAGGGUUUUCUUCUGUAUCAGCCUCCUUUAUCAACCUGCCUGGUGUGAGUAACUGAACAAGAAACUUUGCAAUGCGUUGGAGCCCAGAAUGGCCUACCAAACCUGCAGGUUUACUGGCCUGCUUGAAAAUGCAUAUACUUCGCUUGAAGGCAAAAGGAG